AUGAAUUUGCAGUACUGCCACCACAUUUUGGUGAUCGCGAAGCUGAGGUUGAAGCUGCGAUUGAGUGCGUAUAUCCUGGGCUUCCUACCCAUCUUACCUACGUUGGCGUGUUUUGCUGGUUUAUCACGCACCAUUUCGACGGGAGUGCCUCCACAUGUAGCCAUUUUAGGCAAGAUGAAGGCACUGUUUGAUGCCAUUCUGAAGCCAAUGGAGCACGACGAUGCCACACGGAUAGCCACUGUAAAGGACAUAAUGGGCGAGCUGGAGAAGCGUGCCAUCGGCGCGGGCACCGUGACGUUUGAUGGACUAGAUGCUGCACUCAAACGUUGUCUCGACUCAGCGGGCGUGACAGAACUAAUCAACAAACUAGGGUCGCUUUCGUCGAGUUCCAGCUGA